AUUUUAUUUUUGUUGUUCAUUUGUCAGGGAACCAUUGUUGUGACCAACAUUUCCUCCGUGCUGAACGAGGAGGGACAGUGGAAGUUUCCUCAUGAGUUCAACCCUGAAAACUUCCUCAAUGACCAGGGAGAGUUUGUCAAACCUGAGGCCUACUUACCCUUUUCUGCAGGCGUCCGAAUGUGUCUCGGAGAAGCUCUGGCUCGUAUGGAGGUGUUUCUGGUUACCGUGAGUCUGCUGAGGAAGUUCAGGUUCACCUGGCCUGAGGACGCAGGAGAACCUGAUUUUACACCUCUGUUUGGAACCAUCCAGACCCCGAAGCCAUAUCGUAUGAAGAUCCAACUCAGGGAAACGCCAUAAAUUCAAGGCAGAUGUGACAAUUUAUUGGCAUUAUAACUGUAAUGACUAAUAAAAGGUCAACAUUUUGAAAAUCA